CCAGAGCUUUUUCGCUUCAUGCAUAUUUGACAUAACUUCCCCUCUCGGAUCUGUUUUUCUCUGUGAAUUUGUGUGAAAAAAGUGAUUUCCGGGACUUUUUGCAGCAUGGCCAGCUCAGGGAUGUCCUCGGAGACGGGGGGCGUUAAGCCCAUGGCCAUCGGAGGGCGUUUGGUGCGCGAGAGGGAACGUCUUUUUGGGAUGUCCGAUGCUGAGAGAGCCUGGAGAAAACAGUUCCUCAAGGAUCAAAUUCUCGCUCCUCAUGAACCUGUCCAUGUGCCCCAAUACUAUCGGGAGAUUACCAAUCCCAUCAGACGCUUCUACCAGUGGCCACUGAACAAAUUAUGGGAGAUAUUGACCCCAUCUCUGGGCGGUCAGAGAGCUUAUGCUGUUCGAUUCUGGAUCGGGAAGGGAUUAAUGAUCACGGGUGGCAUAUAUGCUGCUUUCUAUUACUUCAAAUACAACACCAAUGAUUGGACCAGAAAGGGCGGUUGGAGAGUCAUUAAAUCCCGAAGGGCUGUUGUUCCUGGAGAAGUCAACUAUCCUGCUGUUUCUGAUCGAUCCAAGCCUUCGGACUAUGCUGCUCGUGGCUUCAACGAGUCACCAAUAUAGAUAAAUAAAUUGCCAGGAAGUUUGUCCUGGGUGCCUCUGGAUGAAUCAGUUAAUAGACUACUUGUACAUUGA